AUGCUUCACAUUGCACACCCGGGAAUUCGUCGUAUGGUGCAACUUGCUCGUAAAUAUUUUUAUUGGCCUGCUAUGCAUGAUGAUAUUGAGAGAUUUGUAAAGGACUGCUACCAUUGUAAUCAAACAGCGGCAUCUCCACCAAAGGAACCAUUGCAUCCAUGGCCGGAUACUAAGAAAUCGUGGACUCGCAUUCACAUUGAUUUUGCUGGACCAAUUAAAAAAGAAUGGAUUUUGAUAAUUGUAGACAGCUACUCGAAGUUUGUCGACGCCGCAUGUUUUUCGACAAUUACAACCGCUGCCACAUGUCGCUAUCUUCGUAGACUUUUCUGUCGCUAUGGUCCACCUGAAGUUCUUGUUUCUGACAACGGGACUCAAUUUACCUCGGAAGAUUUUGCCCAGCUAUGUUCUGAAUUCAACAUUCUACAUCUUCGUAGUCCACCGGGACAUCCACAAUCUAACGGUCAAGCUGAGAGGAUGGUGGGCACUCUGAAACGCUCAAUUGAUUUAUCCUCACCUAUAGAAAACGAACUCUCACGUUUCCUUUACACCUAUAAUUAUACGCCUUGCGAUGCUGCUCCGGAUCAGAAGUCUCCUGCUGAGAUCUUUUUCGGACGUGCUUUCAGAACACCUCUCGACUUUUCUUUUCCGCGUUCAUCUACUCAACCAACUACGGCUUUAACUUGUCGACAAGAAGAAAUGAAGCGACAAUUUGAUACUCACCACGGUGCUAGGCCACGUCUUUUUGUUACAGGGCAACCGGUUUUCAUCAAACUGUCAAAUGGUAAACGCAUUCCUGGAAGGAUCGACAAGCUAAUUGGUUCUGCUAUUGCACGAGUCACCACCGAAGGAGGGUUCCUGAUUCGUCAUUUCAACCAAAUCUGGAACCGGAUGUCGUCGUUCUUACCCAGAAUCCAAGAACCUAUGAAUGAAGUGUAUCUUCCUUCAAUGGGCCAGUCAAUCACGAGUCAAGCAGAUUUCAUGGCUACUGACAACACGUCUGUUCCUGCUAUGACCAUGGAUGACGCGUCUGUUUCUACACCGUCUACUAAAAUUGAUUCUACAACUUUUUCUACGACUUUGGACAAUGUGUCUGUUCCUACAUCGUCUUCUGCAACUGUUUCCUGUGAGCAACUUCCUCCAUCUGAAAAGAUUGUUCGUCGUUCCGAACGGCUCUUACAUCACCCACGGUUUAACUACAAGGAAGGAAUUCGCCGCUACCGUUGA